CUCUGUGCCAAAGUAUGAUUAUUCGUUGACUACCAAGUAUAUUACGGUUGUGCGAAUAAUUAAAAAUAAACAAAUUCGUGGCACUCUAAUCUGUGCCCUAGAAUAAUACAUCCUCAAACAUGGCGAGUUUGAAGCAAGAUCUAGAUGAAUAUUUGUUGUUGCAAAGCGAUCAAAAGAAAAACUUUAGUGCCAAAAUCCCACAAAUCAAAGUACCUGAUUUGGGAAAAUUGUUUACACGUUCGGAGGCAACGGAGCCCAGUAAUAGUUGGUUGCAAGAUACACAAGACAGUUGUUGUCCUAAACUGUCACGACUUCAGCGCAUUGUAGGAUUCGUUGCUUGCUUGGGACUGGGCGCAUUCUGCUUCAGUAUUUCUAUUUUCUACAUACCAGUGUUAAUAUUGAAAGCCCGUAAAUUCGCGCUACUCUAUUCGUUAGGUAGUAUGUUUUUUAUACUGGGAUUUUGUUUUUUAUCGGGAUUUGGUGCCUUCCUCAAGACUGCCUUCUCCAAGCCCCGUAUGCUUGUGUCCGGAACGUAUACUAGCUCGUUGAUAGCAACACUCUACUGUGCAUUAUUAGUACACAGCACUGCGUUAACGGUUCUGUUCGCUGUGGCACAAAUUAUUGCUCUGCUGUUUAUGAUAGUAGGCACUGUUCCAGGUGGAGCUUCCGGCAUCAAAUUUUUUGGAAAAAUGUUUAAGAGCACCGUAUCCUCCACAAGUACACUGCCGGUUUAGAUCGAUCUAACUGCGUUCCCCACGGCAGUUGGUUCGACAUAACGGGAACGACCCGGAUUUAUAUCUGGCCAAGGACUGUCACUUCAGCAGCAUUCCCGUAAUUGUAUGGGAAUGUUUAUGCUGCUGCUGCAAUAAUAACAACAACAAACGAUCAUAAUAAAUAAAUUUUAACUUUUCAUUCCUUAA